AAAAUUCACAUUUUUUGAGGGGGGGGCUUACAGAAACCCUAAUGACUUUCAGUCAAAAAAGGGUCUUUUGAUAAAAAGCUAUAGCAUUUCGGAAUCAGCGAAAAACGGGCUAUCUCCCGAUGUAUCUAACUCCAUUUCGAACAUUUUCACGAAAAUUCACUUUUUUUGAGGGGGGGGGGGGCCUUAAGAAAUCAAUAUUGAGUUACCAAUUGUAGUCGAUCGUAAUCUUUUAAUUUCAAUAUCUUUUUGUUUAAUAAUUUUCUCUAGUUGUUUUACUUUUGCAGAUAAUUCAUUUAUCUUGUCUAAGUAAAUAUUUCGAUUAGCAUCCGUAUUUGUUGAUGAUGUUUCGAUUUCAUCAUCGACGAUAGUAUUUAUUUUAUCUUGUUCAUUAAGUGUUGUUCCAAUUGAUGAUAACGAAUAUUUAAUACUAACAGGUGUGCGUGUGUCAUCGUCGUCAUCUUCAUCUACAUUAUUUGAUGGUGCUGUUGAUGUUAGAAUUGAUGCAUGUUUAUCAAGUUGAUUGAUCUUAUUUUUUUCUGUAAGUUUGAUGGUUUCUUUGCAACUUUUUUUAGAGGUUUAUUCAUAAUAUUAACUGGUGAUAACGAUAUUGAUGAAUCAGAAACAGUUGAAAUAUUUAAACGUGUAUUUGUAUGAUUUUGAUUUUGUUGAAGUUUUCUUUUUUCAAGUAAUUCUUUUUUAGCAAUUACACAGUUAUUCCGAUUGUAAUCUACUCGUAAAAAAUUGAUUCGAAAAAGAACAUUUUAGCAAGAAAAUGAAAAAAGUAACAUUGUAUACAUACGCAUAUAAACGAUAACCUAACCCCUUCAAUUGUAUUUCGUUCUUCGUUUCGAAAAGUCACUUUUUGAUUAAGAGUUAAUUUUCCACUUCGUAGUGUUGGUGUUAAAUUGUCUCGUGAUACGAUUAAAAAAUCAUCAUUUAUUUUAUUUUGAAUCAAUAAAAAAACGUUUAAGUCAUUGUUACUGUUUGUUCUUUGUAGUGAUUGCGACGCAACACUUGUAGCCAUCAUUAAAUCUGAAACAAAGUAAACAGAAUAAGUCAUUAAAUGAUGUGAGUUGAUAUAGAAGAAAUGUCAAAUCAAUAGAUCUGCAAAAAAAAUAAUGUGUCGCAAAAAGAAAUUUUCUUAAGAAGAAUUUUAACACUAUUAAGAAAAAAUAGUUUGUUUACCAGAUCAUUUCAAUUGAAUUCCAUAUCUUUUCAGUAAACAAAAGAAAAAGCUAACUAUGGACACAUGGAGACAGUGGUCAUUAUUUUCAAUUUAGGCAUUUUUGUCCGUCAACCGAUUGUAAUAAACUAUAUAUGUCGUUGCCUUACUUUCAAAAAUGAUAACCUACUUGACCACAAAAUACAAUUCACCUGAGUUAACUAUACGGAUGACAAAAAUAAGUAUUAAUUUAUUAAAAAUAAAAUUAUUUGUUUUCUAUUUAGAUUUGGUCCAACAAUUGAAUCAAUAUUUGGUCCAACAGCUGUAUCAAUAUUUGGUCCAACAGCUGAUUCAAUUAUAGGUAAGAUAUAA